AUGGGGAGCCACACUGUUGAGAAUGGCACAUCGUCACCGACCGGACUGACAAACUAUGCGGCGUACUUUCUACCAGGAACGCAGCAGUCCCGGAUCGGACAUCUAGAUCUGAACACCAACCAGAUCACUCCUCUAUCGUACGCUUCUGGAACACCUCUCAAGAACCUCUACGAAGUGAUUGAGAUUGGUGAAGACGCAAUCGUUCCCUCGGGCCAGCCUUUUCCUCGAUCUGACGUCAAGCUUUUGGCACCCAUUUCGGGGAGGGACAUUUUAGCAGUUGGCAAGAACUAUGCAGCUCACGCAAAAGAAUUCAAUGCGUCAGGGUAUGAUAGCUCGGAUAAAAUGGACAUGCCUACGCAUCCCGUUAUCUUCACCAAACGCUCGACUUCAAUCAUUGCUGAUGGCGAUGACAUCUUCCCACACCCAAGGUUUACCGAGACUGUUGACUAUGAAGGGGAGAUCGGUGUCAUCAUCAAAAAGCCUGGAUUUCAAGUACCUGAAGGAAAUGCCUGGGAUUACAUUUGGGGAUUCACCAUCAUCAAUGACAUGACUGCGAGAGAAAGGCAGAGGGAUCACAAGCAGUUCUACAUCGGAAAAUCGCCGGAUACUUUCUGCCCCAUGGGACCCAUUGCGGUUCCAAAAGAGCACCUCCCACGCACGCUGCGAGUUAUGACGUACGUCAAUGGGGAAAAGCGACAAGACGCGAAUACCGAAGAUCUCAUCUUUAGCCUUCCAACUCUUGUCGCAACACUUUCUGCUGGGGCGACAUUACAGGCCGGGGAUACCUUGGCGACAGGAACACCAGCUGGGGUCGGCUUUGGGUUUACCCCUAAAGUCUGGCUUCACCCAGGAGACGAGGUCAAGGUCUCUGUGACCGGUCUCGGAACAUUGACCAACAGGAUCGCAAGUAUGGAGUCGAAGAAUACUACCUUCCAGCAAAUCCUGGCAGCAUCUGCGAUACCUGUGGCCAAUGAAAAGGCUGUGAACGGCGCCGGGCUUACCUCGGUGGCAGAUAAACAAUUAUUCUACCAGAAGAAAGGGGCCGAGUCCGACUCACAACCUCUGUACUUCAUCCAUGGGCUCGGAGGCACGUCUGACUACUUCAGCCCUCUUUUCAGCACGCUCGGGGAGUCACGGGAGUUGCACAUGUCGGACUUUGAAGGCCAUGGCUUAUCACCGAGCAAGGCUACAAGCAUACUCAGUAUAUCAUCCUUGGCCGCGGAUGCCCACUCACUCUGCCAGCAAGCAGGAAUCAACCCUGCCUCAGGAUUGAUUCUAAUUGCUCAUUCGAUGGGUUGUUUGGUGGCCAUCAAAUUUGCUCUCGAUCAUCCCGAGCUUGUGAAGAAUCUGGUGCUCAUGGGCCCUCCACCAUCACCAUUGCCUCAAGCAGGAGCCGACGCCUCUGUUGCACGAGCAGCUGCCGUCCGACAAAAGGGCAUGCUUGGGGUUGUGGAUGCAGUGGUGGCGGCUGGGACGUCUGAACACAGUAAGAAAGCCAAUCCACUGGCAAUUGCUGCAACUCGAGUGUCACUAUUGAGUCAAGACGCCGAAGGAUAUGCAAAAGCAUGUAUGGCUCUUGCCAACUCCAGCGCCACCACCUUGGACAUUUCAUCGCUAACAUGCCGCACACUCAUCAUCACGGGCUCGGAAGACAAGGUCUCACCGCCUGACCUUUGCAAGAGUAUGCAAAGCAAGAUCAAAACGUGUGAGGAUGUCGUUGUUCUGCAGGACGUUGGUCAUUGGCAUUUAUUUGAGGACACUGAGAGGGUCUGUUCAGAAAUAGCCAAGUUUGUGCUUGCAUAG